UCAAGUGAACAUGGCGGACUUCUCGAGUGAAACUAACAGCGCUGCAUCUGUGCUCCAGCAGCUUCUUCCAUCAGUUAAGGAUGCUAAGGAUUUAAAGCUUGGACAUAAUCUGUGCCAAUUAUCAAAUUCUGGGGGUGACCCAGUGCUUUUCCUUCUUACUCAAGGCGUACAUGAGUUCUUCCGUGGUAACUUACACAGUUGUCUGUCAAAUUGUCAAUUUGUGAUUGACAUCUGCUGGGAGAAAUGUAACACAGGUCACUGGAGGGAUGUGAAUGUAAUCUGGAGGGAGACAUAUUCAUAUGCAAGUAUGUUCAAGGCCCUUUGCCUUUACGGCAUGGGAAGACAGACACAGGCCAUGAAGGCUUGUGACAUGGGACUUCUGUUGGGGGCCCCCAUUUUGGACAACAUUCUGACACGGUUUGCAACUGAGUUUCAGAAAAAUGUUGUGUCAAGGAGUUUAACUGAUAGAGACAUAGCAGAAGGUACUGCACAGGCUAAAGGAGAUCAAAAAAACUGUUCAUUAGCUUUGACAUCCAAAGAGAAAAGGAAGUUGAGGGAUGAACCAAUGAAUCCUCAGCAGGAAUCAAGUGGUGAUGAACAUUCAUCUAAAAGAAGCAAUUCUACAAAGAGAAGGAAGGGUAUUGCGAAUAUACCCAUCAUUUUCAAGAAUUAUGAAGUGGGCCAUGUUUGUUGCCCAUCAAUAGAAGCAUUUCUUACAAAUUACAUGCAGAAAGACAAGCCUGUAAUUAUACAAGGAGUAAUGGAUCACUGGCCUGCAAGAACAAGUCAUAGAUGGGGUAUCAGUUAUCUUAAGAACAUUGCUGGCUGUCGUACAGUUCCAGUGGAGCUGGGCUCACGUUACACAGAUGACACAUGGACGCAGAAAUUAAUGACUAUAGGAGAUUUUAUUGACAAGUACCUCAGUCCAAUUGAAAAUGGACAAGAGUCAGAGAUUGCUUAUUUAGCUCAACACCAAUUAUUUGAUCAGAUCCCUGAGUUAAGAAGGGAUAUCAUUACUCCUGAUUACUGCUACCUCGGGGAAGGUGAUAAUGAUGUUAUCAUUAAUGCUUGGUUUGGACCUAAGGGCACAAUCUCACCCAUGCAUCAAGACCCUUAUCACAAUCUAUUGGCACAAGUGGUUGGAGAGAAAUAUAUACGACUUUAUUCCAAAACUGAAACAGAGAAUCUGUAUCCUCACAAAUCUACCUUGCUAAAUAACACAAGUCAGGUGGAUGUGGAGGAGCCUGAUCUUGUCAAAUUUCCCAAAUUCUCAUCAGCAGUUUAUCAGGAGUGUAUUUUGAAGGAAGGAGAGAUGUUGUACAUCCCCCCUUAUCACUGGCACUAUAUCCGCUCCUUGUCUCUCAGCUUUUCUGUCAGCUUCUGGUGGGCCUGACCUGUGAGCUUCGUCAUACUUUU